ACGCAAACUCGAAAUGCAGUCCCAGCCGCAGCAGAGUCAGUUCAGGCCCCAGGUAAUAUACAACCACCAGCUCGGGGGUGGUUCCGGUAUACCUCACAGUGCCGGAAGUAGCGCGAGCAGCUCGCCUAACAAUUACAACGAGAGAUUUUCACCACCGACACACCUGCUUCCGGGUUUUCAUUCCAAUCCCCAGCUCUAUCAGCAGCACCAACCUUACAUCGUUUACGAGUUCCCGGAUCAACAGCAGAAAAUGCAGAGCUACGAGAGGGAGGCUUUUCACGGCCAGGGCGAUUACGAAAGACGGCACGACGAUCAAUCCCCUGGAUUUUUGUCCGAUCACAGCCACGCGAGCAGGGACAACGAAGCCAGCUUUUACCUUACACCAUCCCCGCAGAUGUACUCCUCGGGUGAGGAAAUGACCUCGGCACCGACGGCGACGACCUACGUCGGUCACCAGCCCGGGUACAAACCGGAUCCGACGGAGUACAAGCCCGAGCUUGCGAAGUACAAGCCCGAUGCGACGGAGUUGAAGCCGGACGUCGUAGCGACGGGCUCGACGAAUGUUCAGCAAGGGUUCUUCGAGAGAGGGAGAGCCCCGGUUAACGUUCCGAAGAGGAAGCGGAAGCUCAGUACCGAAAACUGCAGCGAGUCCGACGGGGACUCCCAAUCCUCCGCGGGAAAGCUCAAGGCUCGGAGGAAGAGCGGCGCUACCGUUGAAGAGAUACAGAAUCAGAGGGUCAUGGCCAACCACAGAGAGCGACAGAGGACGCAGAAUCUCAACGAGGCUUUCGCAUCCCUGAGACAGAUCAUACCCACUAUGCCGAGUGACAAGCUCAGCAAGAUACAGACCCUCAAGCUCGCCACGCGGUACAUCGACUUUCUCUAUCAAGUGCUUCACUGCAGUACCGAAAACCGAGAGGGACUCGAGGACAACGGAGAACGGAGUCCCGGGAAAAUUGUACUCGGAGCUAGGAAGAUCACCGGCUCUUUGUCGCGAAAUUACACCGCGCAGGACAAAUUAACAACGGCAUUCAACAUGUGGAGAAUGGAGGGCGAUUUGAACUUUAAUCUGUAAUAACGUCGUCAUCUUUGAUCCGCAUAUUGUCCGGAAUACUCUGGAAGCUAAUUAUUGUGAUGUCUUCGUUUCUUCCGUGCUGCUGCUACCGUUGCAGAAACGUCCCGUUUCAUGGAAUACAACAAAUCGUACGAUAACAAAACGGGUAUUUCCCGGCUACGAAGAGCAGGGCGAUAGAAUUAAAAAUAAAAAAUUAGCAGAUAAAAAAAAAAGGUUGCGAAUCAAUUCAUCCCUUUCCAUCCACCACCUCGAUGUACCUAAUCCGACUUGUUUUUCUCAAUUUUUUUUUCUCCUCCAAAUCCUCCACAUAAACGGUGCACAGCGGCGAUAAAUCUCUUUGCAUUCAAUUAAAAAAGACACGUCGGUUUCGGUCGUUCUUUUACCGCAAGCAUGACAGCAGCAGCAGGAGCUAACUUAUUGUAUCGUUAUACAUCGAAACGGGGAUGAUGGGGGGAAGACGACUUCUCGUAGCGUUGCUGCUGCAGCAACAGCAGCAUCAGCAUCGGCAGUAUAAGCAGCUAGCGGUGAUAUAAAAACAAACGACAAGACUAAAGAAUUUCUUUAAGUUCAUGGAUCUCGUCCAUUCUGGAUGCUCUGCAUUCGGCUGCGCGAAAGUUGUUAAAUACGUACCGUGCGUGAUUAUCUCGUCCAUCGUUUUUGAACCGAUAGUUACAUUUUUACAUUAUUUUAUCCCUCCUUAAUUCUAAUUCAAACAUCGUAUUAUUCAUACUCUUUCUCUAUCGCUGCGCUUACAUUUGUUAUAAAAUUUUCACGCGUUCGUCGGACACACCACGUAUAAUAAAUAUAUAAGUGACACUGGAUGCGGGGAGGUAAAAAAAUUCGAAAAGACCGGGGACAGCUGUCGCGUCGUGGGGGAUGAUGAGGAUGCUGCUUCCACGGGAUCUGCAUUGGUGCUUUAGACGCUCCAGGGAUCGUUAGAAUUUUACCUAAAACGCGCGGGAGUUGUUGACGUUGCGUGCAGUUCCACGCGAUGUUUAAAUAUACGUGUUUUAAUUUUCUUUUUAAAUUUAUUUAUUUGUUUGUUUUCGUUUUUCUUAUCUUUUUUGAUCUUUUUCUUUUUCUCCCCGCCCCCCCGACACAUUUCUCAGAUACCGAAGGGGCGUAAAGUUACUUGCUUAUACUCUCGUUGACCAAUCGACGUUAAUGCGAACAACGGACGAUGUGUAUUGCACGAUUUAUCGUACAUGAUACCACCGUGGCAGCGAAAACCCGCAAAUCAAAUGCCCGUUAAGUGUUGCCAGUGUUGUAACACGUCGGGCUGAAUUCCUCGUGCCAAAAACGUUAAAUUCAAUUUAUGACACCUCGAGAUGACGGCGAACCUGCAAAUGCAUUUAUAUGUAUAGUAUCAUUUACGAACAGCGUGUCUGCGUGGCGUAAUUUUUAUAAAACGUCGGCUUGGGUUCAAAAUCGAAAUCAGGUUUACGAUUAGAUAAAUACUUAUAAUCUAACCGAAUAGGUCUGUAAGUUUUUUUUUUGUUUUCUUUUUGUUUUUUUUUUUUUUUUUUAUCAUUAGCCUCAGAUAAUUAUAAGCUAUUUGAUUAAUACACUCGAACGUCCAAAAAGUGCCUGAAAUUCUAUCGCUCUGCAAUUGUGAAAGUUUAUGUCAUAGUUUAUCUACGGUUGUCUACGCGGAGUUUUUUUUUUUCAUUUUUCUUUCUUUUUUUUUUUUUUUAUGCCUUGGGUUCAUCGAGCCACGAUUUUGUCAAUUCUCUAUUUUGUAUAUUGUCUACGAAUGUACAAUAAAUCGUUUUGUAUUUAUGAAAAGUGUAUACUUUAUCUUGUAUUUGUAUAUAUGUGUAUAUAUAUAUAUGACGAGUAUGAAUAUUAACGUAUUCGUAAAUAGAAUAAUUAUUACAUAUAAGUUUUACAUAUGGUAGGUAAGAUUUGUAUGGAGAGAUUCAGAAAUGGUUCUCCUAGUCCCGUAAGUUUUACGAGCCGCAUAUCUUCAUUUAGGUUUAAUUGUAAGUUAAAGUACGCGUAGAAUCUAGAAUAGAACGUAAGAUGUAUAAGUAUGAAAUCAGAAAUUCCGAGUGCCAAGUGAAAAAAUCGGCAUCGUCCUAAUAGUGUCGUUGCUAUACUUCAGUGCCUUUUUUUUAUUCAAGCCUUGGUCGUACAGUUAAAAUACCAAACACUACAUAGUGCAUAUAGUGUGGAGUAAUAAAUAUGCGAGAUUAAGCUUCUUUCUAUACAUUGUACAGUGAAAUUUUGAAGCUAGCUUAUUCGUAUUUUGUCCGCAUCGUUGUUACUGUUUUAUCUGUAUAUUAUGCCAUGAAUCAUUAUACUAUAUAUAUACAUAUAGUUUAGCCAAUAGUUUUUCAGAAUAUUUAUAUAUAAGUAGGUGGUUGUACGAUAUUUUAUAUUCAACAAUAACGAUAUCGACGAUAAUCAUUCGGUAUGCCUAUUUCGCAGUGGCCGGAUAAUGCAAUAAUUUAUCAACACCGAACCGUGUGUGUGUGUGUGUGUGUGUGUCUGAGGAGAAAAAAAACACACGACAAUAAAAAACAAUGAAAAGCAGGAUCCUCAUUAUCAAAGCUCGUGAAAUAAAUUAUAUACAUCGCAGUGCCUUUAGUAAUUGUUCAUCAUUUUUACAAUCUGUGAAAUAUUAAGUCUAGAAUAUAAAGUUAGCUUUUCAUUCCUCUGUUAUUGCUACCAUGCAGCUUUUGUUAGAACGUUAUAUACAUGAU